AAUUCUUAUUUCAAACACUGAAAAAAGGGCAAGAAAACAAUUGAGGGGAUGUUUUAGACAUUCUGAGGAACCAAACAAAAGCCCAACUGCACGCGGCUCUUGUCAACCUCAGAAUUCUCAAAGUCGCAGAGCAGCUACUUCCAGCACAACAAAAACAGAAAACGCAAGACUCUCCACGCGACUCCGUCCGAGAGAGAGGAUGGACAGCAACAUGAACAUGGUAGAAGCAGAAUCAGAAGCAGAAGCAGCAGCAGUGUCAGUGGCGGAGCUGAUACAAUCCCUAGAACAAGCCACCUUCAUGGCCAAGCAACUCUCCUCCACCGCCGACCCCGCCCACCUCCUCCACAUCCACUCCUCCCUCCACCAGUCCCACCUCCUCCUCUCCUCCUUCCUCUCCUCCACCCACUUCCUCCCCCACCUCCUAACCCCUCCCCCGCGCCCCCCCGCUCCUCCCGCCGAGAACUCCUUCUCCUCCGCCACCGGCGCCGCCGAGCCAAUGCAAGUGGGGGACGACGACGGCGGCGAGGCCGAGGAGAAUUCCAAGGCCACGAUCGACCGGGUGGAGGAGAGGAUGAGGAACUGCUUCAUCAAGAACAAGAGGCCCAAGCGGCCGCUCUCGCCGUCCUCCGCCGCGGCCGCCGAGGAGGGGCGGGCCGGCGGGGGCGAUGGGUUUCCGGGCUACGAUCCCCACGGCACGAGGUUGAGGGCUUUGGAUCUCGUGUACCAGUUUCAUGGGUGA